UCUUAUUAUCCGCGAGUUCUUCCUUCCCUCGUACCUCAACUUCAUUGUUCUGCUUCCUUCCUUCAUCCUUCGGUCUCUAUCCUUCAACCUCACUUUUCUUCUUUUCUAUCAACCUUUCGACGACUUGUAAUUCUAAUUGCAAACUUCCCUUCUCUUCUCACCUGUUCAGUUAUCUGUGAAAGUAAACAUUGGAAAACUGAAGGGAAAAAAUGGCCUUAGAUAACUUGGAGGAGAUUGUGCCCCAAAACGAAAAGUGGAAAUCUUCCAAUGAAGUUAUUGCAGAUUCUGAUAUAAAUGCCUCUAGUGGCUUUGACUGCAACAUCUGCCUUGAGUGUGUGCAAGAACCAGUGGUCACACUCUGUGGUCAUCUUUAUUGCUGGCCAUGCAUAUACAAAUGGCUUCAUUUUGAACGUACCUCUUUUGACAGUGAAGAGCAACAGAGUCCACGAUGUCCAGUAUGCAAAUCAGAAGUUUCUCAAUCUUCCCUUGUUCCAUUAUAUGGCCGUGGCCUUACCACAAGACCUUCUAAGGGGAAAACACAUCAAGUUGGGACUGUCAUACCACAAAGACCACAUGGUCCCAGAUUAUUGAAUACCAGCAGUGUUUCCCAACCUAUUUCUCAAAGUUAUCAUCAUCCCUACAGUAAUCCUUAUUAUACUCAGCAAUUCAACUCAGUUCCAAACGGUUAUACCUCACCGAUGCUCAGAACAAGUGGUUCACUAGACAACACAUUUGGAAUCUUUGGUGAGAUGAUAUAUGCAAGGGUGUUUGGUAACCAGGUGACAAACAUGCAUUCAUAUGCUAAUUCGUACAAUCUUUCAGGGAUCAGCAACCCAAGGAUGAGCAGACAUUUGAUGCACGUUGAUAAAUCACUCAGCAGAAUAAGUUGUUUCCUCCUAUGCUGCCUAAUUUUGUGUCUCCUUUUAUUCUGAUUGAUACUUCCUUUUUAUCUUUAGUUAUAGCACAUCCUUGCGUAGAAUACAACAGCCCAUUGAUCCAGAUGUAUUCUAUGUUAGAGAAGUUGCAAAUUAAUGCUGAGUUAUGUGUAAUUAUUUAUUACCAUUCUCUCAAGUAGUUAUAUAUGAAAUGAACAAUGAUAUUCUUAUGUGAUAUAUCACUGCCUUCUUGUACAACACUUUUUAUUGUUUCUGCA